AUGAGCGGCGUGCGUGCUCACCUCGCCAGCCGGCUCCGCAGCUCCUCCCUGUCCGCAGUCCCCCCUCCACAGCACAGUUCCAACUACUCUCACGACCUGGCCAAGAUUGCGUCUUCCAUCCUCUAUCGCUCGCCGCUGCCUUCGGAAGAAGGGAGGCCUGUUUUCAUCCUCAACGCUGCUGCCCUCCCGGACUCCCACGACGCCGAUUACGACCAGCUGCUGCCCUAUGUCCUUGCCCGUCUGCCCGAGGAAGACGAAUUGCUAAAAGGCUAUGAAUAUGAAGUCGUCUUCUUUGCCGGAGACGGCGAUGGCUCCGCAACCAGCAAGAAGCACAGGCCGGGCUGGGGCUGGUUUCUGCAGGCCUAUCACGUCCUGUCGAGGGCCAUGCGCAAGAGACUUCAGCGACUAUACAUCGUGCACGAAAAAGCAUGGGUGAGAAUCCUGACUGAAAUAUUCUCGACCAUUGUCAGCCCCAAGUUCAGGAGGAAGAUAUACCAUUUGUCCAGUCUCACUCAACUUGCCCGUGAAAUUCCUAUCGAGAACCUUCUGAUUCCCCCUUCCACUUAUCUCGCCGAUCGCCGUGUAACUGAAAACAUUUCCGCAUUCAAUAGCAGCGGUAGGCGCGCUUUUGGGACCCGUAAUCCCUUCCCUGCGACCAGCAAUGGCAAGACCCGCUUUCCACGUGUUUUGAGAGAGACGACCAGCUUCGUUCUCAUGGAAAAGAACAUCACUUCGGAAGGCUUGUUUCGCGUGCCUCCCCACUCCAGAUUGCGCGAUUCGCUCAAAGAAGCAUAUGAUAGAGGUCAAAAGUACAUCAUCUGGAAAGACAACGAUAUUAUGCUGCCAGUGCCUCCCUACCCUCAUGCAGAACAUCAGGAUGAGAUACUAGCCGAGCUGCCUCCCACCGAUGCAUACUCAGUCUACAUGGCAGCCGCACUCAUCAAGGCCUGGUAUGCUGCUUUGCGCCAACCAAUCUUCCCCACGGAAUCCUACCGGGACUUACGUCGGCUAUAUGGAAACGGCAAGGAGGUUUUUGAGCUUGAAAAGCUGACCGAUCUCUUCUCGCCAAAGUCUGAAUGGUCUUUGUUGCCUGGAAUAUCCCGUGAAAUCCUUUGCCGUCACCUUCUGCCCCUCACGAGUGCAAUAGCGGCACGGCAAGAAGAAAACAAAAUGACUGCUGAAAACUUGGCUGUCUGUUUCGCUCCAGGGCUACUCUGCGGUCCUGAUCAGCUUGAAGACGCCAAAGUGUCUUCCAUCAUAAGGAGGGUCCUCACUCAAGCAAUUGAAAUGUGGACUGAUGGAUUAAGGGAAGCAUGUGGUCAGAAAGAAGAAGCAUUUUAUGCAGAGCUGAAGCUACCCAGUGAUCAGAAUGACUGGGACGAUCCUGUCGAGGAUAGAAGAGACUCAACAGACAGUGAAGUGUCUUUACCUGACCAGAUAAAGGGCAUCACCUUACUUGACAACGAGAAACCGUCGGCUUCACACGAUCCGCGUCGAGGUCAACAAGACGAGAAGCCACCCCCUCUUCCACCUCGAUCUCACAUGCCAUCUGCCAGGUCUUCUAUAGAUUCCAUUCAGCGGAAGCCUGCACCGCCACUCACAGUGCCUCCACGUUACUCUACUGUCGUAUCAGAUGCCCCCGACGAUGUUGCCGAGUCGCCCGUCACCUUCGCCGCUACUACCGAUGGUUUCGCUCCCCGUAAUGAUAAUAACAGCGCCGAUCAGCCUCCAAAGCUCCCACCACGACGGGAUGCCGAAUCAGAUGAGAAGAAGUCUGGUAUGAACAACCCAGUUCCAGUUCUUCCUAUGUCCGCUUCUGAACGCACAAAACAAGAUGCGCGCUCACCAGUUUCUGCUACUUCUCCAGUGUCUCAAUUCAAUAUUCCUAAGAGGAAGACCCUGACUGCGACGCAGAUUGACAAUGUCGAGAAGGCCGUCGUCGCGAACAAUGAAGCCCACCGAGCACAGCCUGUAGGCGGCAUGGCGCUUCCUGGGCUCACGGGUAACUAUAACAACAAUAACAAAGCAGACACGAAGCGCAGUCCGUCUUCUAUAACCCCAUCUGUCAAAGAUGACACAGCCACCUCGCCGCAGCUGCCGUCACCUCAAAGUGCUGUGUCAGCACCAGCAUCAGAAUUCCGCCGUCCAAGCGUCCCUUUCACUGCAACUCCUUCCAAAAUAAGCCGUAGUCCAAGUAUCAACUCCCUCGCGCGCCCCGUGUUUCCAACUACCCCUCAAGUCCCCAUAAUAAGCCACCCCGUGCCGCACAACAAGACGUCGACAUCCACUCUCCCCGUCCCAUCUGCCACACCACGUCUCCGCACCCCGAGCCCGAGCCUCAUGCAGCGCAUGCCCAGCUUCGAAAAGUUUAAUAAGAACUCUGCGUCAUCGCCCAAAGAUGACGCUGCCGAGUUGUCGGAUGGAAGCGUGUCAAGGGGCAGGGCGACGCCGCCAACGACACUGAGGCCCACCAAGAUCACUCUCAAGAAACAGUCUGUGGAGGACUUGAGGCGGUUGUAUGAGGAGCGUGCUGGGACAGCGAAUGCGCUUGUGCAGGCGGGCAAGCAGAAAAAUGGAUGA